CCCUGCCUCAACGCCACCAGUUAUGGUCCAAUAAUACCUUGAGAAAUAGUCACCUGACAGGUUGAAAAUCAAGCAGCGCGUCUUGCACUUCCUUAAGCAUUGAGAUAAGCUCCCAACUCAUACGCAGCAACCUGUAUACUGGGUCCUGUUUAAAGUCUAUAAAACUAUGACUUGGCGAGUAGUAAUGGCCUUGUCCAUAUUCAAUUGUUUGCUUCCCCGCGCCUCAUCACUACAUGAAAGAAGAACUUGGUCAAUAACGCAAUCUCUUUUCGGCAAGCAUCGCUCUUAUAAAAACACUUAGAAUGUCUUCUAUACAAAACAGAAUUCCUCAUACACUAUCAGAUGAAGUGCUUAACAACGACACGAUGUCUUCAAUCUCGGGAGAGGAUUACAUGCUUAACGAAAUCUCGAGAUCACCCAACCCUAAUCCAGUACCUCUCAAUCUAUCGCUAAAUCCAAUCCUCAAUACCUAUCGAUCAGAAGUACACGCGGUGCUCUAUGAAGAAAAAAACUUCUUGUCAAACUCUCGGGUGGAUGUUCUGACGGUCUCGGGGCCCAAAAGCGAAACAGAUUAUCGUAGAGACCAGCAUGACUCCCAAGUCCAGGCGAUAAUUGAUUCCCUCAAGCUAGACGCAGACAGUCCGACUCUUGUGGCUUUAUGCAUCAAACUUGAGAAAAACUCCAGCGCAACAUAUAAAUACACGCCAUCUAUUUCGAAAACUCUUCUUACCCGUCUCUUCAACGAUUAUAACAUCAACAGCAACUUCUUGCUCGAUCUGGUUGGGCGCGCGAACUACUGGUCAGCGGUAUCUCAAGUAAAAUAUGACACUGUUAAGAACGGUGAGAUAUUUGAAUUCCAUUGUCAACAGCCACGAUGGCAUCACAGAGAAUGGUACGACAAAGAGAAAACGGAAGAGACAGCGGCCUCGGAGUGUAAUAAGGCGCCCUGCUCUGUCUACAUGUCAUAUUCCGUGACCACUGACACAUCCAUAUACUUAAUCGUGGCACCAGAUGAGGACAUCUGGUUUUCUUUCAUCGGUCUGAUACAGCUUGGUUCCGUUCCUGUUAACAAUCAGCUAGUUACAGGACAUGACUUGGCAAAGAGUCCUUUUCUUAUAUACGCAAUGGUCUCCAACAUUGGUUUGGAAAAGGCUGCUAAGCACAUUACUGAGGCACAGGACUUCCUAAUGGCCCAACUCAGACGGGUCGAUAAAUACUCAGAAAGCUUGAAAAUGAGUGGAAAGCAAAACCGAGAUGCUCACGAUUCUGACUCGAGGGAAAAGCUAUCUUCAAUCACGCGAGAGCUGCAUUACGUAUCGCAAUUGCUAGACACAGGGCUUGCACGUUCAAGGUCAGCCGUGAAGCUCAGCGCCAAAUUACUCCAAGCUCAUGAACAAUUUUGUCAUCACACUGGCCGAGGACUGCCAGGUACAGCAGCAAGUCAAACACAAGCAGCGACUCAAUACAUACACGAUUCAUAUAUAUGCCAAAACAGCUGGUUGGAGCAGUUCAAAGCACGAAAGGAAACGGCCAUGCAAUUGGUGUUUAAUAUGGUCACGCAAGGUGACAGCGCCAUCAAUCUCAGGACUUCUUACAGAAUGUCUCAAGAUAGCGCUUCAAUCUACGCCAUCACAGUUCUCGCCAUGGUUUUUGUCCCAGGUAAUUUCACAGCGGCGUUGUUCUCCUGUGUUGCGUUCCGAGCCACAGAAUCUGGCGCCAUGGAAGUCACGGAUUGGCUCUUACCGUUUAUACUUAUAACAGUAAUCUUAACAUUGACCGUGAUUACACUGUGGUUAUCUCAUGAGAGAAUUCGAGACUUUUAUUAUGCAGUGGCUCUAAGAUUACAGAAGCAAACAGCUAGAUCAGGGAGGGUUCUUAACGCUAUGCCAUAACUAGCAUAAAGCACUACUAGGCUGCGCCUCCACCAAUAAAUAUGCUGCGCCUACACCCCUUUUAUCCAGCUCACUUUCGGUGAAAGUAGAAAUUCGCAGUCUUUCAUUGGCUUAUACCCCUGUAUAUCCUCUUUCACCGAAAAUGUGACGGGGUUGUUAAGCUUCUAGCUGGCUUUUUAAUUAAGAGUAGAUGAUAUACCUUUGUGGCGCAAAACGAUGCUACCUCCUGAAAGCCUAAUCCAGUAGGCAAAUGCGAGUUAGGUCUUCAAGGCCGCCACUAAUUAUUGGGCUAAACUUAAUUCUAAUAUGUAUUUAUAUGGUCUAGAGAGCA